UACUUCACACAUACACACACCAGUCCCACCUCCCUUUAACCAAACUACAGCGGAGCCAAUUCAAGCAAUUCUCCGCAGUGCUGAAAGAGCAGCGAAGUAAAAGGAGGAGAAAGAGAGAGGAGUGAAGCGUAGGGAGGAGAUUUGGAGGCAGAGACGGAGAGGAGUGAGGAGCAGAAGCGGUGAGAGCAAUUUUAGGGAGUAGAAAAUAAGAACUGGAAAUUUUGGUGCUCGGGCUUCUCGGCGUUUCAGGUCUUUGCUCCACAGGAUGAGUUCAUUCAGUACACGAGCCCUGACGCUGCUUUCGUCAGUAUUUGGAGCCUGCGGUCUGUUAUUGGUUGGUGUUGCCGUGUCAACGGAUUACUGGCUGCUGAUGGAGGAAGGAAUCGUCCUGCAGCAGAACCAGACCACAGAGGUCAAGAUGGCGCUGCACUCGGGUCUCUGGAGAGUUUGUUUUGUGGCAGGACCUGAGAAGGGAAGAUGUGUUGCAUCAGAGUAUUUCAUAGAGCCAGAGGUGGAGAUCACAACAGAAAACACAGCCAACAUACUCAAAAUGGUGCGAACGGCGACUCCUUUCCCAAUGGUCUCCCUGCUCUUCGUCUUUACCGCUUUCGUCAUUAGUAACGUUGGUCACAUCCGGCCUCAGCGCACCAUCCUUGCCUUUGUUUCUGGCAUCUUCUUCAUACUGUCAGGUCUCAGUCUGGUGGUGGGGUUGGUUUUAUAUAUUUCAAGCAUUAACGACGAGGUAAUGAAUCGACCCAGAGAGCCCGAGCAGUUCUUCCACUACCGCUACGGCUGGUCCUUCGCCUUUGCAGCCUCCUCCUUCCUUCUCAAAGAGAGUGCAGGAGUCAUGUCCGUCUACCUCUUCAUGAAGCGUUACGCUGAGGAGGAGCUUUAUCGCCCACAUCCUGCUCUCUACCGCCCUCGCAUGUCCGACUGCAGCGACUACAGCGGCCAGUUUCUUCACCCAGACUCCUGGGCUCCACCCCCGCGGGGCCGAAGUGCCUCUGAUGUCUCGUCUGACAUCUCUAUCCAGCUCAACCAGACUCCCCCACCUCAGCAGCCUUGUAAGGGGGGCAGCAGCUCACAAGCGACACCCUCUUCAUCUGGGCCUUCAUCAGCUGCCAGCUACCAGCUCCAGCCAGCAUCUUCCUCCUCCACCUCCUCCUCCUACCCUCACCCCCUUCAUCCAGGCGCCACCUCCACCUUACCCAGACUGGCUCACGUCCAUGGUCUCUCACAGCCCCAUCCCCAUCCAAGCGGACCCCCAUCCCAUUCCCUCCCAAUGGCAGGACCACCCUCCGCUGUGCCUCCUCCUCGCUACCACGCACACACACGAAUGAGUGCCUCGCCAUGCUAGGUUACAUGAGCAGAGUCCUGGGGGGGUGGAGGGGAUGCAGUUAUAAUCAGGGAUGGGUGGGGUGUAUUGGCUCUGUCACAGCUCUCACAGCACACAAACACAAAUCCUGUACCUUGAGCAUGUGUGGGAGGAGGUUUGCAGCAGAGCGGCUGAUGGAAAGAGGUUUAAGGAGAUCAAAAAAAGGAGAGGAAAGAUAGGGGGAGGUGGGUGAAGAGAUGACUCACUGCUGAGUCUGAGAUGAAGACGGACGCCUAACAAAAGUUUUAACAUGCUGGGAGGGAACCAGAUAAUUAGUAGGAACAAGCCACUGGUGGAGUUGGUGACAGGUACAUUUAUCAUCAGGGUCAUGAUCCACAGGCAGCACUGAGAAGAUCACAGAGAAGACCAUGCUGAGGCAAUCACAGAGACUUCUUAUUCAUUUAAAAAGCAAAAGUCUAACUCAAACAUUUUAUACAGUAAAAUGUCAGAAUCUCUUUAAAAGGCUUUAAAAAGGUAGUAAACUAAAAAGCUAAACAUAUACAUUAUGAUUAUUCGUGUUCUAAGAAUAAAUAAUUUUGUCUUUUUCCCCAACUGUAUUCAUUUAUUAUAUAAAAAAAAUAAAAAGUACACUGUAAGAAAGGAAAUGUUGAAUUAACUUCAUGAAAUUAUGUCAACUGGUUCCAUAGUCGCUUAAAUGUAAAUGGUAAUAUACAUAGUUGUAUGUUGUUGUAUUACUUUUUACAUCUAAUCAACUAGGUUUAACUUGGUUAAUUAAAUUCAACAUUUAAUUUAUUAAUGUUGUAAUAAAAUUGGGUUCUCUUGUCUGUGCAUCAUGACCUACUUAUACAGCUAACAUACACAAAGGGUUAAACUGUGUACUCAUAGGGAUUUAUACUCCACGGUCUUGUACAGAUUCUUCUAUCAUCUUACUUUGGAACCCUGACCUUUAUUCACCUUGAAUAUUUAAGCUAAUGGACAGUGAAGUUGUUGGAGGAUAACAAGAAAGGUUUGGGAUUGAAUGUUUUUUUGUGUUUUGGGAUGAAACCGAAGAUAAAACCAUGUGGGAAUUGUGACUGUGAGAAUUUAAAACAUUAAGAAAAAGAUUUACUGGGUCUCAUCCUUGGUACAAUCAAAAUGAAGGACUUGAAAUAAAAGUGGGCCACAUUAAGAUUGCAUUUCUUUGAAUUAGUUCAACUCAAAAACUAAUAAGAGUCUACUUCCUGCAGACUGUUAAUGUUUGUUGUGAAAAAAAUGUGAAAGCUGAACGUUGGUGGAAAGGUUUUAGUUUUGGGCAAACUGAGACAUGAUCACAUGUUGACGCUUCAGGGUUUUAUUUUGAAAUAUCAAACCCUAACUUACAGAAGUAUGUGUUAAAUUUAGUUUUUGAGUGACAUGUGCUUCCUGAACUGAUAGAUUUUACUGGAAUCUCAUUUUACCAGGUUUGAUAAGUAGCAGAAUGUUUAUUAAAAAUUCUAACUUAGAUGGGGAGCAAAUUACAAUCUGUGUUAAUAUAUUAUAAUCUUAUCAUUUCAUUAUCAAUCACCAUUAACUCAUUCGCUGCAAGCCGUUUCCCGAUUGGUAAAGCCCUUUACUGCCAGCGUCUCUCACCGUUUUUACUGUGUUUUUAAGAGUCACAGAACGUUGCGCGCUAGCAUGAUGUCGACGCCAAAACAACCAAAACAAAGCGGAGACUCACCUCUUACAUCAGGAAGAAUCCGCGUGUUUCGAGCUUUAUCCAUUCCUUCAUAAUCCGUUGUUGAAUUGUGAUCGGCAGACGCUUUUCCGGUUCGCGCCUCACUUUUUUACAGCAGCGGCUCAAAACGAUCUCCCAACACAUGGAUGUUCUGCUUCCUGAUCACGUGACGUGUGACGUACGUGGAUGAAGAUCGGCUUUAGAGCUGAGAUGUUUGUUCUCACGGUGUGGGGGCUCGUUCCGAUGCCCACACAGUAAAAAAAUACAAAUAACAACUUUAGUCGUCAUUGGCAGUGAAUGAGUUAAUGCAUAAAAUUAGCAUUAUUUUCAUUUAAAAAUCAUAAAAUACGGAUUUAUGAAAUUGUUUCAUCUUGUCUCAUGGAUGUGGAGAAUGAAUGAAUUAUUUUUUUUGUAACUCAUCCGUUUAGAGCUUGAAAUUAUGAAUACUUAGAGGAUGUGUUUAUUUGAUUGACAGGUAGCAGAUGAGCCAUUAGCGCCAUCGGCUUCCCCCCCCCCCCCCCCCCCCCCCCCGCUUGUUCCAAGGAAGGCCUCAGUCUCAACUUAAACGUGUGAGAGCCGAGAAGGCAGAGGGUAGCAGAGUUGCGCAACUGUGGUUUUCUGCCAUAAAAGGCCCGCCAACCUCCAUUAGCUUUGGUUAGCUCAGUUAGCUUGGCUACAUCGGCUCAGAGUUUGUUGGGUGUCAAUCGCCUGCCCCUACCAUGACAGCCCCACUCUCAGCUACCAAUUUUUUUUUCCGGCAGUGAUGAGAUGCGUGAUGCGGCCGACAGUCAUUGGGCAUGAAGUCUUUAAGUAGAGAGGGGGAGAUUUUGGCAUUUGAAUGGCUAUAGGGAGCCUAAGUCACUUCCACAUCAUGGGUCCCUGGAAGAACGAAAAAAUGAAUGCAAGUCAAUGGGGCUAAAAAUGCUAUUUUUUAAUUCCACUUGUUUUGUGCCAUGGAUUUCACAUAUGAUGUCCGUGAAUUUUAAAGACGCAUUUUGAUACCAAGAACGCACUUAUUUUUGAAUGGGCGGGAACGAUAUUUUGGGUGUUGUGUGAAAAUAAGCCCAGGACUCUAAAUGUGCUUCUCGAAAGUGACAUCAUCGAAACAGACACUGAGAAAACUGAUAGAAAAGGGCUGUAAGUUCAUCAAACUUCCCACAGGAGGAAAGAACCACCAUAAAUCUGGUCAUUUGGUAAGCAGCAGCAGCUACGUUAGGGGAGAGGAGAUUAUGUGGUGACGUCACAUAUGCGACGUGCCGAUUUCUAGUUUGCAUUCAUGCUAAUUAAAAACGUUUACAAGCUAAUUAAUAUCAAAGUACGUCACUGGCGUGGUCGAAACAUCCAUCAUUACUUUUCAUUUAAAUUGCUGUACAACAUGUAUGCGAUCUGGUGCAUAAGACAAAGCGGAAUCGAAAAUAGUGUGUUUAGCCCCGUUGACUUGCAUUCAUUUUUUCAAUCUUCCGGGGACCCAUGAUGCGGAAGUGACUUAAGCUCCCUAUAGCUCUCACCCCUGCUCCCCCUUCCCAUCUGGAAGGAGCCUAAUGCCAUGUCUCAUAUCGCAGGAAAAGCUGAGUUAACAGUAAAACAAUAGUUUGAUACAGCGAAAGGUUGAACGCAAUGCUAAUCACUUAGCUCCAAUACACAAAAGAUAAACCCCUGUAUAUGUCCCUCCCGCUUCUUCCACAGUUAGCUUGAAGUUUACGUGCUGACAUUAAUUCAUUGUAGGCUGAGUUAGCAUUCAAGCUAACACCACAUUAGAUUACAUUAAAAGCUUUAUACAACAACUGUAUGCCUUAUUUUGUUCAUUUGUACUAAAAAUGUGGUUAUAGUUCUCUAAAACACAAUAAAUGACUUAGUAUUUACCUAUCCAAACGAAAAUGUGCCAACCCUACAUGAGUUUUGAGCCCAUGUAGAUCACAAACCUUCCUCCAUCUUUUAAAAUUGUCUCCAAUAAAUAUUUUACUCAUCUGUCUUAAAUGCCUCAUGGCAAAUUUUUCAGUUGGACUUUUAAAAUAUUCAAAAUUUCUUUGAGAAGCAGAAGGCAGUCGAGGAAUCAAUAACUUUUUAUAUUUGUUUUGGUUGCUCUAUUGCAAACUUCUGGCUUGUUGCGACAUCACCCUGCAGUCCACGCUGGGUGCAUUCUCUUUGAUUGACCGCUCCCUUUUUUGGACAAACAUUUCUAUUGGUCUAUGCACUAGGAUCUUGUAAAUUAUUUGUUUUGCUGUAGAGGCCAUGGGAGGGGCUUGGGGAAAAUAUAAAUGAUGAAAGAUCACCUACUUUAUACCGUAGAACAGGGUCAGAAAGUCAAAUGUAAGCAUUUUUUAAGUUACUUUAAAAUUUUAAACUACAUACCCCAGCUUUAACGAGUGAAGUAAUGAAAGAAUGAAUAAAAUUUUUUUACCUACUUAGCUCUUUAACAGGUAAGCUAACAACUAGUUCCAAUGUUGGCCAGUUUUAAAGCAUGUUUAGCUAAAAUUACGUUUGUCAUGAUUAUUGCAGGAAACAUUUUUAUGGAAUUCCAGUUUUCAGAGCUCCAGUAAGUAGCUGCAGCUAAAACGCACCGUGGUGUAAAGGUUUAGAACGACAUUAAAGUUGGUCAGUAUUAUUCAAAGAAAUCCAAUUCCUAAUAUCAAAACCACCCCGUUAAAGUUGGAACUAAUGGUUUUAUGUCAGUAUUUGUAUAAAUGAAGAGAAUUUGCAGUUUUAGUUUGCUUCCUCUCUAUGUUGUUUUCUCUCACAGUAAGUGUGACAAUUGCUUGUUUUUUGUAGCACAGUAGCAAUCAUGCUUUCAUUAAGGCCUUGUUUGUUGCCAUUUUUAGAUUUAUAGAGGGGUGUUGUGCUUACAAGCUGCAGUACUGUUAAACAAAAGCAUUGUAGCAGAUUUUUUGCAGUGAAUCACAUAGUUUUAGAUUCUUAAACAUAUAUUGAUCAAAUAGGAAGUCAUUUAGCUUCUGAUAAGUGCUUCUGCAGAUGUUUUGAUAUGUUUUUUUUCUGAAAUGCCAAAGCUGAGCAUCUAUGCUUAAAAAACACAUAACACACACUGAGCAUUUAUAUCCAUGUAGCUGAACUCAAGGAUCUCUGUUCUCUUACGCAUAAAUCCAAAUCAACAAUGUUUGUUUGGAACAACUUUGAAUUGUUUUCUAAUUGGUAGUCUGACUCAGAGGGGACAUUCAUUUAAAUAAGUGACUUGGGUGUAAAUCAUCAUGUUGUGUCCUAAGCUUACAGAGAAUCACGACUGUUAUCUGGGGUCACUUUCAUUAGACUUGUGACAAAACUGAGGUGGGUUGCUUUGGUGCAGAAUUUUGUUUUUAUCAUACUAGAAAAGUGAUGGAUUGUCAUUCAGCAGCUGUGUUAUGUUAACUUUAACCAUUUGAUGCAUGAAUUAUGAAAUCUUCAACCAUGAUUUUUUUUAAACAAUUUUUUAAAUUCGUCUUUAGGUGUGAAUGAAACAAAUUUCAAUAAAUAUUUUUUGUAAAAUUUUAUGAUUUACAAAUAAUUUAUUACAUGUCCACUUCAGUGGACAGCGUGCAUUCUGAGCAUGAAAUAUGGCGGCUUGGCUUACUGAGGUCCAAAUGGAGGGGCUCAAAUGCAAUAAAGUCUUCAACAGCUGUGCUUAACCCCCAGAAACCCAAAUUUAGAAAACAACUGCAAAAUCUUUUUUUAACCUUUCACAUGUUGUUCUAGGAGGCCAGAUAAACGGGCCUAUUUACACAUUUUAACAGCGAAUAGUGUUGCAGAACUGAACAAUAGGACCUAUUAGCAAUGUAAAUGUGGUUUUAAAAAGAAAAAAAAUGGGGAGGGUUUAUUUUUGUAGACUUAAAUCUGAUGUUGUAAUAUUACAACCGUGGGUCUCUGGGGGUAGCAAAAACAAAUAAAUAACAAUUUUGAGUACCUGUCCACUGUAGUGACCAUUAUGCAUCAAAGGGUUAAAAGUCAUGAAAAUUGCCUGGGCCCAGACUCUUAUUUGCUUAUUUGCUCAAGGUUUAAUAGAACUUGCAUCAACUUGAACAGUAACUUUGUGCUUAGUUGAAAAAGUGUUGCAGUGCUGCUUUUUUUUAUUUUUUUCAGGCUGAUGUAGCAGCUCAUAUUGCAAGGUAAAUAUGCUUGAUGCACAUAUGAAAAGAAAAAUUAAUAAAGAAAGUACUUGUAUUAGUUA